GAUCUCUCGACUAAUCGUAGAUAUUUUUAGUAGUCGAUUUUGCGGAUGUUGGGCAAGACGCGCGUUACUGCUACGUUGCGGUCCAUCAUGACGGUUUGAGCUUUAUAUCACUAAUUACAAAGCGCCAUGGAAACUGUGUCAGUAAUUAAGGCACGAUGUGAAGGCGGACAACAAUAAACAAAGGAUAUUAGUCAUACCCCGGCCGCAUUGCAAACAACAACGGAUUGAAAUCAAGAAGACUGACUCUACGAAACCUGUGAUCAUUUCGUGUGAUUUUUUUACUACUAACACUUCCACAAUAACGACGCAAACCGUACGAGAUGGAUUUCCUCUCGGAAUUCGACGAGGUGAUGGCGAAAGACAACAUGUACGACAUAAAAUUCGGCAACAAGAUCCAGAGGGUGGGCAAGAUCUUUUCCUACACGUUUUGGAGGACGAAGAUCGACGGCGAGAUAUUCUGGAGCGUCCAAGGCAACAAUAACGACGGUUCGGCGUGGAUCGUGACCCAAUAUUUUGGCCCGCCGGAGGAAGCUAAACGCUAUCAGCAGGAGAUCAUUUUGCACCAUCCCAGCGAGAAGAAAAUCAAGAUGGUGUAUACGUCGCCGUGCACCAAGGGAAUGAACUCGAUCAAGAUCUCCAGGGCUAUCGUCUACCAUUUCCGGGACGACAACAACAGCCUCAAUUUCGAAUACAGGAUAACCCGUUUGAAGAGGAGACCCUAUCCUCAGAGAAUCAUGUGGUAGACACAUUUGUUGCAUUUGUAAUCUUUAUUUAUGUUAUUUGGUAACAUAACUUUUAAGAUUACGUAAGCGUUUGAAGUAUAUGCGGUCAUAAUCUAGUAGAUAGCGGCAUUUUAAUGGAAGGCGUCUUAAUUACGCAUCGUGCGUGUGCUUUACGAUUAGUUAUAAUACGGAUACGGAUUCAUAUGGACGGCGAGUUGUAAAAAUUGUUAAUCGCGUUAAUUCUUUUGACCCAGACGAUUUUCUAUUAAUUUGAGUUUGUUGUGUACGAAAAAUUUAACUUUUACUUAACGGUUUAAUUGUUACGACACAAAAACAGCGGUUCGUUGCAAAGUAACGUAAGACAAAAACGGCGGCCACGUGAAAGCGACAGACACGCCACGAGACGUAAAAAGAAAUAAUUAAGAAGUUAGAAUUACGGCUGAUUUUCAUGGUGCUUGAAUCCUAAGCCGCCAUUUCGUUAAGUGGAAUAUUAGAACCGCGUGGAGAUGAGUUGAAAGUUCGUUUACGCACUAGACAAAAGUAACGUUUAUUUAUUUAUUGCAUGAGCAAAAUUUUGUUUUAGUAGUCGAUAUUUCUACACGUAGUUUCGUUUUAAAAACUCCCAAAAAAAUAUGCAAAUAUUAAAAAUGUUCCCAAAAAUAAAGGUACUACUUAAGCA